AUGGCGCAAAGCAGGUUCGGCGGUCUUCACCAGCGCGACUCCCGUAGCGCCCUCUUCGAAGGGUACUCGGGCGGCGGCGAUGCUAAUAGACGAGGCGGCGGCAGCCCCGCUGGCGGCUAUGGAUAUCACAGCAGCAGCAACACCGGCAGCCCGUCACCAUACAACAGCUACAGCGCCUACGGCAACCCGAACAUGGGCCCCGGUGCUGGCGGCAGUGGUAGUGGCCCCGGGGUGUACCGGUCGGCGACGCCCAAUCAAAAGGGCCAGUACAGCGACGCGGUGCUCAACGAGCUCGAGAGCCAGAACGACGCACAGGUCGCGGGGAUCCUGGGCAAGGUGCGGACGUUGAAGGAUAUGACGGUAGCGAUUGGCGACGAGAUUCGAGAUUCCUCUGCGCUCGCGGAGAAGAUGAAUGAUACGUUUGACCAGACCAGGUUGCGGCUUCGCGGCACCAUGAACAGGAUGCUGCUCAUGGCUCAACGCUCGGGCAUUCCCUGGAAGGUCUGGCUGUUGUUUUUUCUGGCCGUCAUUCUACUCUUUACCUAUGUCUGGCUGUUUUAG